CCACUAUAUAUACACACAAGUAACAACCCUUUUUUGGCACUUCACUUCAUUAGUAAGGUAGUAUAGCUAGCUUAACACAAAGCUAGAUAGCCAUGAAAUCUCUUCACAUUCCCCUCUUCUUCUUCUUCCUACUCCUCCCUCUCCACACCUUAUCUAAACAACAAGGGCAAACCCAACCCACCCACUACUGCAACCUCCCAACAGACAAAGGAUCAACCCUAAAAGUAUUCCAUGUAUCAAGCCCAUGCUCACCCUUCAAGCCCAAGAAAAUGUCUUGGGAAGAAAGUGUGAUCCAAAUGUUGAUCGAGGACCAAGCCCGGUCGCAAUACCUGACCAGCCUGGUGGCUAGGAAGUCGGUAGCGCCGGUUGCUUGGGCUCGGCAGCUGAUCCAAAGCCCAACAUACAUUGUAAGGGUGAAAGUUGGAACCCCUGCUCAGACAUUUUUAAUGGCUUUAGAUACAAGUAAUGAUGCUGCUUGGUUGCCCUGUAAUGGCUGCCAAGGUUGUGGAUCUUCCCAUUUUAAUUCUGAUAAAUCUACUUCUUUUAAAAGUGUUGCUUGUGGUGCCCCACAGUGUCAACAGGUAAUAAACUCGGCAUGUGUCCAAAACCUAUGCAGCUUCAACCAAACCUAUGGAGGCUCAACCUUAGCAGCCGGGCUAUCCCAAGACACAAUAGCCUUAGCCCAAGACCCAAUCCCCGGCUACGUGUUCGGAUGCAUCCAAAAAACAACCGGAGCAUCCGUACCACCGCAAGGGUUACUGGGUCUUGGUCGAGGUCCAUUAUCUCUUCUUGCUCAAACCCAAAGCCUAUACAAGUCCACUUUCUCUUAUUGUCUACCCAGUUUUAGAUCUUCUAACUUUUCAGGGUCCUUAAGACUUGGCCCAGUUGCCCAACCAAAAAGGAUACAUUACACACCAUUACUUAAGAAUCCAAAAAGACCCUCUCUUUAUUAUGUGAAUUUGAUUGGUAUUAAGGUUGGGCGUAAAACUGUUGACAUUCCUCCUCAGGCUCUGGCUUUCAAUCCUAAUACUGGUGCAGGCACUGUUAUUGAUUCUGGCACGGUGUACACACGGCUAGUGGUACCAGCCUACACGGCGGUGCGAGACGAGUUCAGACGUCGAAUGGGAAAAGCAAACGUGACAUCCCUAGGAGGAUUCGACACAUGCUACAACGUACCAAUAACCAUACCAAGUAUAACAUUCAUGUUCCAAGGCAUGAACUUGUCCUUGGCACAAGACAACUUCAUGCUGCGUAGCACUUCCACCAGUAUCGCCUGCCUCGCCAUGGCCGCCUCCCCGGAAAACGUAAACGCCGGCCUUAAUAUCAUUGCCAAUAUGCAGCAGCAGAACCACAGAGUAGUUUUUGAUGUGCCCAAUAACAGGAUUGGCAUCUCUAGGGAAAAUUGUACUUAGAUAUAUUAUUACUAUUUUGUUUUAGUAAUGUUAAAUUAAUUAAUUAAUAUAAUAUUAAUUAGUGUGUUAAAUUAUGUUAUGGGAAUGGGAAUGAACUUAUUUUAUUUUAAUUUGUGUGUGUUUCUUUUUUUAUAGUGAGGAUAUCCGUGACUUGAAAGGACUAUAUUUUUGUUGUAUUGUAUGGUGUUAAGUCAGGUAGAAAAUUGGGAGCAGCUGAAGAACUGAACAAAAUAAAAUAAUGGAGUUGUUUUAUUGUGCACUGCAGUUAUUGUUUUUUACUUGUGAGUUGUAAUCUUCUCACGGGUAUUCUGCUUCCUCUGUAACGCUGUUCUUUGUCGUUCAUUUCAUGCUCUUGCUUAAUUCAUG